AGGAAUUUGAAUUCGGAGCCGACCCUUUGAGAAACCUGUGCUCAUUUGGUUUUAGAGAGUGGGGUAUUUUCCGGGGAAUUCCCUCUCGGAUUCUGGGAAAAUUAGAGAAACCUGUGCCCUCGGAUUCCGGGAAUUCCUUCGUUGCGCGUUCAUUCUUGGCAUAGGAGAAUGAUCAUGGGUUCCGCCGAGAACCUCGACGGCGGUAAUGAAAAAUUCUACGGAAAGGUGAGGAGUGCAUCAUCGGCAUCUGCCGAGAGGUGGGUCGUCCAGUCCAUUUGACCAUGUCUCCUCAGAGUGCAGAACCUUCGAUGCCCUAAUUACCAGAAGUCCUUUUACUCACAGGCAAGGCUUCUCCCUCUCUCCCGACAGCUUAGUUCUCUCAGUUUUCUUCUUUCCGUCGAGAUGUUCUCUGGUUCCCUUUUGCUGUGUCAUCUGCAGAAGUUUUCUUGUUUCCAUUUCUUGAGAUUGCGCAGAGAAAGUCUUGAUCGAAGGGAGAAAACCCAGAGCCUGACAUGGCAGUCGCUGCCAAUGGCGAGAAAUGCAAUUAGUUUUCUUACACGAUGAUAUUUUUUUCACAAUUAUAUGAUUGUAGCCGGGGAUGACGUCAGCGUGUCGUCAUCUCUCCGUCGCAAAGAAAAGAGCGGCGGAAGAUCGUCUUGAUCGAUUUCUCGGUUUGAUUCAGUGAUACGUUUUGCGAAGGAGAAGAAAUGUCUGCUUCCUGUCCCGUUUGCAAUCUCACUCUUCCUCUCUCCGAAAUUCAGAGCCAUGCUAAUGCCCAUUUCGAGAGUGAUGAAGAUGGUGUCCAGGACUUCUGCGAUGAGCAAUUGGCUCUGCAACUCGCCUCUUCUGAUCCUUCUCCUUCUUCAGCUACUUUUGACGAUUCCAUGGAUUUGGACGGGAAAGUCGCGUGCUUGGUGUCUUCACAAACCAAGAGCACAUUUUACAGAGUCAGACAAGAUGGUUUGAUUUGUCUGCUGAAAAACUGUUUGGAAUCUGAACUCAGAUCGAAACCGAAGCCCCAGGAAGGCGCUGCCUGUUUACUGUCGGGCUACGUUGAUCAUUUUCAGUGUAAUCCUUCAGAGGAUCUUGGUUGGGGUUGUGGAUGGCGUAACAUUCAAAUGCAAUGCUCUCACUUGCUUUCUCAUAGAGAAGAAGUUAGACCACUGCUUUUCGGGGCCUCUGGUUUUGUUCCUGACAUUCCCUCACUCCAGCUAUGGUUAGAGAUGGCUUGGAGUAAAGGGUUCGAUCUUGCUGGCUCUCUCCAUUUCGGUAAUCGGAUCUACGGUUCUAAGAAAUGGAUUGGAACUACUGAAUGUGCUGCCCUCUUGCGGUCUUUUGGCCUAAAAGCCAGAAUUGUUGAUUUUGCUCCCAAAAAAUCUGAAUCAUUGCAUCUUUCGGUUCCUGGUUCCGCCCUCGCUGGCAAGAGAAAGCCAUGCGGCCCUAUGGACAGAUAUGUCAUUAUGAAGCAAGAGAGUCACCCGGAAAACUCAGUUAAGCGAUGUGGUUCUAAUCCUUCUAGGAUCAGCAGAGAAGAGACUCUCAUGGAUUGGGUCUGGAAUUACUUUUCGGACAACAGCUGGAACAUGUCUUCCGGUGUUCGUUUGACAAGCAAAUCGCCCUUGUAUUUCCAACACGAUGGGCAUUCAAGAACGAUUAUUGGUAUUCAGAAAUGCUGGCGAGGAUUGAGUCAUCAGUACAAUCUCCUGAUUUUGGACCCGGCUGAUAGAACGGAAGCUCUAGAGACAUCACUCGUAGAGAAGAAGGGCUGGGAGAAGUAUUUCAAAAGAGGAGCUCACACACUGAAGCAGCCAGAGUAUCAGUUGUUGUAUGUUGAUGAUGGAAUUGCGAAUGGAGAGGAGUUGGAGCAGCUGAAGAUCAUUGAUAGCCUCUUUGUUGAAUUCUAGCGUUUGGCCGCGCAAAACUUUGGCUCUUUUUUCUGUCCUCCCCCCACCCACAGAAAUUAUUCAUUUCCCUUAGCUUUUGUAGUUCAAUUCAUUUGUCCUAAUACAAAGUUGUCUGAUUGUACUUUGUGCCUCUUCCAAAACAUUGAGUUUCAGAUCUCACCCCUUUAUGAAUGUGUAGAUGUUGGUUUUAAGAUUUGAUUUUAUGGUCUGAUA